AUGAAAUAUUGCAGCUUAGUUCUUUGUGUAUUGUUUAAUAACACAUUAACAGAAGAAAACCUUAACACAAAAGAUAAAGAGAUAGGGGCAGUACUCGAAGAUUUACUUGAGGAAUGUGAACUGAAGAAAGUAACACCAGUCAAAAGUUUAAAGAAAUCACUUGAAACACUUGAAGGUACCUAUGUGGUCAAGGAAGAUAGCACAUAUAAAAUAAUUCAUGAUAAAUUGUUUGAUUUCCUAGCCAAGCAUUUUGGGGAGAAGAUGUUACAACUUUUCAUUGAUCAUGCUCAUACUGAUUUCAUAAAAGAACGGUUUGUAUGGAAGACAGCAGAUAGAAUUGAUACAGCUAUAGAUUUUGCCAUAGGAAUACCCAAUAACCUUAUCAAUAAAUAUAUAGAUAGACUGCUAAAGGAUUGGGAGAAUGGUUUUAUAAUCAAGGUAUUUGCUAACAGAAACAUGAAUUCUCUCAAAUUUACAGAAACUUUCAUAAGCUCUAUAAACAAAUUGGAUCAGCCAAAGCAAGAAGAACUUGCUUCCACAGAAGACGUUGAAUUAAAAUUGACAGCACUUGGAAUUACUUGUUUAUAUGGUUUUGGUAACCUUGUAAAGUGGUUGAUUAGUAGGAACAGUGACAUUUAUCAUUGUGAAGAGGAUGGUAAUUUCCCUUUGAUUUUUGCAUGUGUAAACGGAGAUGUUGAUGUUGUUAAAGAACUGCUACAGCAUGCAGCAGACGUAAAUCAGUGUGCAAAUGAUGGAGAAUCACCUUUGUUUGUAGCAAGUGAAGAAGGACAUGUUGAUGUUGUUAAAGAACUGUUACAGCAUGCAGCAGACGUAAAUCAGUGUGCAAAUGAUGGAGAAUCACCUUUGUUUGUAGCAAGUGAAGAAGGACAUGUUGAUGUUGUUAAAGAACUGUUACAACAUGCAGCUGAAGUAAAUCAGUGUGACAAAUAUGAGGCAUCACCUCUGUAUACAGCCAGUCAGAAUGGACAUGUUGAUGUUGUGAAAGAAAUAUUACAACAUUCAGCAAACGUCAAUCAAUAUGAUAGCGAUGGUGUUUCGCCUUUAUCAAGAGCUUCUUAUUUUAACAAGACGGAAGUUGUAAAGGUACUUCUUCAGUGUGAUGGGAUGGAUAUUGAUCUAUGUGAUCAAAAAGGGCGUUCUUCACUUUAUUGGGCAAGUCUGGAAGGACAUGUUGAUGUUGUUAAAGAACUGUUACAACAUUCAGCAGACGUAAAUCAAUGUAACAAUAAUUGUGAAUCCCCUCUGUAUAAAGCCAGUCAGAAUGGAUAUGUUGAUGUUGUUACAGAACUUUUACAACAUUCACCAGACGUCAAUCAAUGUAGUAAUGAUGGUGUUUCACCUUUAUCAAGAGCUUCCUAUUUCAACAAGACAGAGGUGUUAAAGGUACUUCUUCGGUCUGAUGAGAUAGAUAUCAAUAUAUGUGAUGAAGAUGGACGUUCUUCACUUUAUUGGGCAAGUCUGGAAGGAAAUGUUGAUGUUGUUAAAGAACUGUUACAACAUUCAGCAAAAGUAAAUCAAUGUAACAAUAAUUGUGAAUCCCCUCUGUAUAAAGCCAGUCAGAAUGGAUAUGUUGAUGUUGUUACAGAACUUUUACUACAUUCACCAGACGUCAAUCAAUGUAGUAAUGAUGGUGUUUCACCUUUAUCAAGAGCUUCCUAUUUCAACAAGACAGAGGUUUUAAAGGUACUUCUUCAGUCUGAUGAGAUAGAUAUUAAUCUAUGUGAUGAAAAUGGACGUUCUUCACUUUAUUGGGCAAGUCUUAAAGGACAUGUUGAUGUUGUUAAAGAACUGUUACAACAUUCAGCAAAAGUAAAUCAAUGUAACAAUAAUUGUGAAUCCCCUCUGUAUAUAGCCAGUCAGAAUGGAUAUGUUGAUGUUGUUAAAGAACUCUUACAACAUUCACCAGACGUCAAUCAAUGUAGUAAUGAUGGUGUUUCACCUUUAUCAAGAGCUUCCUAUUUCAACAAGACAGAGGUGUUAAAGGUACUUCUUCAGUCUAAUGAAAUAGAUAUUAAUCUAUGUGAUGAAAAUGGACGUUUUUCACUUUAUUGGGCAAGUCUUGAAGGACAUGUUGAUGUUGUUAAAGAACUGUUACAACAUGCAGCUGAAGUAAAUCAGUGUGACAAAUAUGAGGCAUCACCUCUGUAUACAGCCAGUCAGAAUGGACAUGUUGAUGUUGUGAAAGAAAUAUUACAACAUUCAGCAAACGUCAAUCAAUAUGAUAGCGAUGGUGUUUCGCCUUUAUCAAGAGCUUCUUAUUUUAACAAGACGGAAGUUGUAAAGGUACUUCUUCGGUGUGAUGGGAUGGAUAUUAAUCUAUGUGAUCAAAAAGGGCGUUCUUCACUUUAUUGGGCAAGUCUGGAAGGACAUGUUGAUGUUGUUAAAGAACUGUUACAACAUUCAGCAGACGUAAAUCAAUGUAACAAUAAUUGUGAAUCCCCUCUGUAUAAAGCCAGUCAGAAUGGAUAUGUUGAUGUUGUUACAGAACUUUUACAACAUUCACCAGACGUCAAUCAAUGUAGUAAUGAUGGUGUUUCACCUUUAUCAAGAGCUUCCUAUUUCAACAAGACAGAGGUGUUAAAGGUACUUCUUCGGUCUGAUGAGAUAGAUAUCAAUAUAUGUGAUGAAGAUGGACGUUCUUCACUUUAUUGGGCAAGUCUGGAAGGAAAUGUUGAUGUUGUUAAAGAACUGUUACAACAUUCAGCAACAGUAAAUCAAUGUAACAAUAAUUGUGAAUCCCCUCUGUAUAAAGCCAGUCAGAAUGGAUAUGUUGAUGUUGUUACAGAACUUUUACUACAUUCACCAGACGUCAAUCAAUGUAGUAAUGAUGGUGUUUCACCUUUAUCAAGAGCUUCCUAUUUCAAUUAG